CCGGGUCUCCUUUGCUAAGUCCUCCCCGUUCCUCCCCCCUCCAGGUGCGUCGGUCACCGUCUCGGCGGUAAGGAACGGCGCCCGGACUAGCGCGGGAACGUGGGUGCCGGAGUCCCGCCCUCCCCUCCUGCAGGUGCACAGAAGCUCUUGAAAAAUACAUCAAGUUGAAAGAGACCCAGCUUACUCUCGGGCAGGACCAGAGCCAUGAGCAAUAAUGGAACAGACCUCACCACUGGUUUCAUCUCCUCUAUUGUAGCCAUCCUUUUGUUUGGCUCAAACUUUGUACCACUUAAAAAAUAUGAGACUGGCGAUGGAAUGUUUCUCCAGUGGGUACUUUGUGCUGCCAUAUGGUUGGUUGCCUUGGUGGUCAAUGUGAUAUUACAUUGCCCUAAGUUUUGGCCUUUUGCAAUGGUUGGGGGCUGCAUUUGGGCAACAGGAAACAUUGCGGUUGUCCCAAUUAUCAAAACCAUUGGUUUGGGCCUUGGAAUCUUAAUCUGGGGAUCAUUUAAUGCCUUAGUUGGCUGGGCAAGCUCAAGGUUUGGCUGGUUUGGAAUGGAUGCAGAAGAGGUGUCAAAACCACUGCUCAAUUACAUCGGAGCCGGGCUGUCAGUAGUAAGUGCUUUCAUAUUUUUGUUCAUCAAAAGCAAAAUACCAAAUAACACAUAUUCUGUGGACACCACACCAUUAAUAACAGAGCAUGUGGUUAACAGAACUCAAGACCCCGAUCCUGAACAUUCCUGGGUGGAUAAACUUUCUACAGUGCAAAACCGCUUAGUGGGCUGCAGUCUCGCGGUAAUAUCUGGAAUACUCUAUGGAUCCACAUUUGUGCCAAUCAUUUACAUCAAGGACCACAGCAAGAGAAAUGAUAGUAUAUAUGCAGGGGCAAGUCAGAACGAUUUAGACUACGUUUUUGCACACUUCAGUGGCAUCUUCCUUGCAAGUACAGUCUACUUUCUGGCCUACUGUAUAGCCAUGAAAAAUAAUCCUAAACUAUAUCCCAAAGCAGUCUUGCCAGGAUUCCUGUCUGGAAUACUCUGGGCCAUUGCUACCUGCUGUUGGUUCGUAGCGAACCACUCCCUCAGCGCUGUGGUCAGUUUUCCAAUCAUCACUGCUGGUCCAGGAUUUAUAGCUGCAAUGUGGGGUGUCUUCAUGUUUAAGGAAAUACAGGGUCGACAAAACUACCUGCUGAUGAUACUUGCAUUUUGCAUCAUCUUGGCUGGAGCCUUAUGCACAGCUUUUUCUAAAAUCUAACAACCACAAGGCCAGCAGAUGGCAGCCGUGCUUGAGAACACGUCUGUCCUGGACACAGAGACCGUGCUGAGAACAAGGUUCAUGUUCAUACAGCAAAUGGAUCUCCAACCAUCCCGGAUUAGGGUAAAUGAUUUUUUUUCCCCCACAGAUGUGAGAAUGAAGGAAAACACUUUCAGUCGAGCAUAAAAAUGAGAAAUUCUUCUAAUGAACUAUUUAUGAAGCAUUACGUCUAAGGAUGCUGCUUUAACGAUAAUAUGUACUUACUGGUGCAUAAUCUAGAAAACCGUGUGGAUUUCGUAUACAAAGAACUUGGUACAUGUCCAAAUUUCCAACAUAUGAACCUCAUUAGUGAAGAGAGGCAUAAAAAUGUUUGGGGAGGAGUGGGAAGAAGACUUAUAGUGGAAUUAGAAUCCAAAGAUAUCUGGGGCCUUUGCGAGAAAAAGUAAAUGUCAGAGUUCGUAACAGAAUGUGAAAAGGGCCAUUUCAUUAUUUUUAGCCCAGACUUAUUUUAACCUCAAAUUAAUGUUGCCCAGUUCUCCAUCACCCACCUGACUUAGCUCAAAGUGCCUUUUGAUUAUCUCCAGACAAAAUCCAUCCUCAGAGAACAAAAACUUCCACCGUUGAGAAUGUGUGUAACACAUACACAUACAUAAAUAAGAACACACAUGAAUACACAUGCAUAUAUGUAUGUACUACUCCAAAUUGGGAGGAGAUUCUAGAAUUGGUGAAGUGAGAGUCUAGCUUAUCGGAGUGAGAAUUUUAAGGGACCAACACACUCCUUUAGAUGUACAAUUUAAUUUUUUUUUCUGAAAUAUACUUUUCUAAAAUCCCUCUUGUAACUGGUGGUUUUCUUCCUGUUUUAACUGGCGGUUUCCACUAGGUAAAAGAAAAUCACAGAAAAUGAUAGUGUUCUUUAAGAAAACUGAAAUGGAACUGCUAGUACAAUGUUUAUCACCGUGGUUCCCAAACUGUCAAAAUAGUCGAAUUAAAAAACCUGGAAGAGGGCUUCCCUGGUGGCGCAGUGGUUGAGAG